GUAACAAGCCUCAGGUGCAAUAUAUGCUGCUAAUGGAAUAAUUAAUCUGGCUUGCCUGUGUCUUCUGGAGUAGUAAACCAGUGUAGGCAUGGUUGUGGAAGGAUAUGUGGUCUCCUCUGGAUGCUUAUGUUUUGAAGGUACUCCACAUCUGCAUUCUCCAAACUAAGCAGAGUAGGGAUCCGACAUCCUCCACCUCUUCCUUUCAUUGGAAACCUGCUCUUUUUCCGUGAGGGAUUUUGGGAAAGCCACACAAAACUCAUAACAGAGUAUGGACCUGUUUGUGGGUCACUUGAAUAGUCUGAAUGAUACCAUCACAACAGUUUUCUUUUGUGUGUGAAUUGGUUUCCUUGACAACAGGAUGUCAAAUCAACUUUUCAGCUUUAAUCAAGUCAAAACAAUAUAUCCCUUCCAUUCCAAAAGGCCUCAAGUCGGAGAGAAUUAUUUCAAGUUAAUGUCUGCUGAUUGGAAAUAGGUGAUGAAACCAGACAGAGAAAUAAAGAGGACAACAUAUUUUAUGGAAUCAGAAAAGCAUCUUCUACAAUGUAUUAUAUUGGUCGCCAAAUGUUUGUUGUGGUCUCCUCACCAGAGAUGAUUGAGCAAAUCUUAGUGACAGAUUUUAGUAACUUCACCAACAGAACUAAACCAAACUUGAUAUCCAAGCCAAUGCUUGAUAGCAUCCUUUGUCUUCGUGAUGACAGAUGGAAGUAUGUGCGGAGCCUCCUGACCCCAGCCUUCAGCGAUACCAAACUGAAAGAGAUGACACCACUGAUAAACCAGGCCUGUGACACCCUGCUGUGUAACUUGAAAGUCUAUGCAGAUUCUGGCAAAGCUUUUGACAUUCAGAGGUGUUACAACUGCUUUACCUUGGAUGUUGUUGGUAGCGUGGCUUUUGGUACUGAGGUAGACUCUCAGAAGAAUCCUGAUGACCCCUUUGUUAAGAAUUGCAGAACAUUCUUUGAAAUGUCUUUGUUUAAGCCUCUUCUUGUUCUAAUCCUUUCUUUCCCAUUCAUAAUGAUCCCAUUGCUACGCAUUUUUCCCAACAAGAAACAAAAGGAACUGAAUGGAUUUUUUAUCCAAACUAUAAAAAAUGCAAUUGUCUACAGACACCAGCAAGAUGCAGCUGAGAGGCGCAGAGAUUUUCUCCAGUGGAUGCUUGACGCCUGUGACUCAGCCGACUCCCUGGCAGCCGGGUGCUCGGGUGUGCUCAGCCCAUCUGCUGCUCCCAGACAGAGCGAGGCGCCCCUGGUUGGCACGGCCCCAUCUGAAAAGGCUCAGAAGGCACUAACAGAGGAUGAGAUAGCAGGCCAAGCUUUCCUGUUCCUGAUUGCUGGCUAUGAAACUACCACGAGCACGCUGUCCUUUGCCACCUACUUGCUGGCCACCAACCCAGAGUGCCAGGAGAAGGUGCUUCAGGAGGUCGAUGAGUUCUCUGCAAAACACAUGGUCCCUGAUUACCAAAACGUACAAGAACUCCCUUAUCUGGACAUGGUGAUUGCAGAGACAUUGCGUAUGUACCCACCUGCAUUCAGAUUCACUAGGGAAGCAGCUAAAGACUGUGUAGUGCUAGGGCAGCAUAUUCCAGCUGGAACAGUCAUUGAAACUGCAGUUGGACACCUUCACCAUGACCCCGAGUUCUGGCCAGAACCUGAGAAGUUCAUUCCUGAGAGGUUUACAGAGGAGGCCAAGAAGGAAAGACAUCCCUUUGCAUACCUGCCCUUUGGGGCAGGACCCCGUGGCUGCAUUGGCAUGAAAAUGGGUUUGUUGGAGACAAAAAUGACUCUGCUGAGGAUUUUGCAGAAGUUUAAAUUCAAGACCUGCCCAGAGACUGAGAUUCCUUUGCAGCUCAAAUCAAAAGCCACACUUGGACCAAAAAAUGGAGUCUACCUUAUGCUGGAAUCUCGCUAAAAGGAAAUGUACAUCCUGAAGCUUUCUGGGAUGAAACCCUUUGUUAGUGACUCACUGGGUAUAAUUAUUUUUCUAAACUCCAAGGACAGGUAGGAGCCUAAGUCCCACUGAUGGUCAGUAUGUGCUUCCUCACUGCCCUCCUAUGGGACAGCCUCCUGUCACUUUUUAAAAUGGGCUCCACAGUCUUUUUUGGAGGUUUUCAAAUUGCUGUGAAUAGUAUCUGUAAAGAAGCAAUCCAUUUUUAUUUGCUUUUCUACAUCACACUUCUUUUCACUUAUCUGUGAGAAUGUUUUCCUCAUGCUAAAUUUCCACAAUUUACAAUAGAUUUUGAUUUCAAUUAAUUGUAUGACACGUCUUUCUCAUGCCCUUCUGAGUCCCUAGACAAAGCCCCAAAGUUACAGCAGAAGACCUGGGACAGAGUACAUUGGAUUUUUUAAUGAACUCCACUAACAAUCAAAGCUGAGACUCCAUUACAGUGCUUAAUCUCUACCUGUGUCUGCAGAGCUGGAAAAGUUGCACCUCCCUCAUGCUUUGAAGUGAUUUUAAAUACACUUAGAUUAACAAUUUGCACUUGGCACAUUCCAUCAACAUGACAGAAGAAGAAUAAAGAGUUCCUGGCUUACCAGUAAAGUUCCAGCAGCUAGGACCAAAGAAAUGAGGUGACAGCCAUUCUGCUGGCUGCCAAACUGCUGUUGGAAAGGUGGAGACAAAGAAGAUAUGAAUUUAAAGCAAGCAGGGGGACUGGAGGAAAUUUAAAGGUAAUCAGAAAGUGUUGCUACCACGUCUGCUUCAUGGGGAUGCCUUUCCUUUCCAAGCAUUGAAGCUGGUACCAUCCCUGUCUAGCUUCUUGAGUCAAAGACAUUAGGAGCAUGCAUGCACUAGAGUCAGUGGCAAAGGAGUGGGAUCCAGGAUCAUCAUACCCAGCAGCUCCCUUGAUUUCUUCUGUGACACUGGAGCAAGUCAUGUCCCAAGUGCCUCACCCGCCCCGCCCCCCACCUUGCUCCCAGGAAGGAACUUGUCUGAUUGCCAGCUGCAGCAGCCCCAUGGAUCUGUUCAAGCUGUGUGACUGUGCACACGCAUCUUCCCAGCCAAAACAGCCAUAGCUUCCACUCCUCACAUUCCCUCUGUCCUCCUCCUCUGCAAAGCCUUCACCUGCCACACAGCUGGUGUUGCACAAGAAGCUGGCUGGGAGGGGACACAGCUGGGCCAGCUGACCCCCACGGAACACAGGGACAUUCCAUACCCUAUGGCACCAUGCUCAGCACGUAAAACUAUGGGAAGAAGAAGGGGGACAAUAUUCAAAGUGAUGGCACUUGCUUUGCAAGUCACUGUUAUGCCCACUGAAGCUCUGCUCCCUGGGGUGGUGGAACACCUGCCUGUACAUGGGAAAUAGUGAAUGAAUUCCUUGUUUUGUGUAUGGCUUUUGCUUUACCUAUUAAACUGUCUUUAUCUCAA